AUGCUUGCCCUGAAUGUCACAUCCCUGAGUUGCGACGAUCUCGCCAAUGUGAAUGCAAGUUUCGUCGUGCACCUGGCUCCCGCUCGUCGCCUCGAAGAUUCACAACGUGCCAUUUUCGAAUGGCUUCUCUCACAUUGUGAUGACAGGCAGGCUUUUUCGCACCUUCUCGCAGGUUGCGAAGUGAAAAGAAGGGACGGCUGCAUGGUGGGAAGUGAUGCUUUGUAUCAACAUAUCAGCACAACCACGUUCGACAAGACCUGUCAUGGCGUUGUUCUCGGUCAAAGAGUCGUCGCACGAUGUCGUCUUGAUCGUGGCCUCACUCAGAAGUCUGAUUUAUCUCAUCAUCGUCCACGGGCACGACCAGCAUGCUCGUUUCGCGAUGAGUUUCUUCGAAGCGCUUGUCCUUUCAUCUUGACAAUCAGCAUCAACCUUCAAGCGCUUGCUGCGCAUCACCAAGCAGGGUUCAUUGUUGCCGCAAGACAGGACGAUGCCUGGCAAGGACGGGCGUUUCCCAUUGGUGGAGGCAGCACGGCCGUCGCGUGA